UCUGGAUCAUUGUGGACAACAGCCAUCUUGUACCAAAGUGGACCAACUUCACCCAAGACAAUCUCCCCUUGGCCCUCUGACCUUUGCAAAGGAUGCAGGGCGAUCAUUGAAAAAGUAAGAGAAUGCUACUCAAAAACUUGGAAGAAGCAAGAAGACAAUUACAGAAGCCUCAGCUCUCAGCUGAGAAGUCAGUGCCAGGGAUUUGACAGGGCCAUCAUUACCCAGGCCAACACUCCAGUGGGAUCAAAUAUUGUGUACGCUGCGGAAAACAACAAGACCCUCGAGGUGACUCCAGGAAUUUUCAGCACCUUCAUAAAGGAGAAUCCAUUUCCAAAGAAAAAAUGGGACACGUGUGCUGUUGUUGGGAACUCAGGGAUUCUGACAAACAGCAGCUGUGGAGAGAUUAUUGAUUCGGCUCAGUUUGUUAUCAGGUGCAACCUACCUUCUUUGGGUAAAGGCUAUGAGAAACAUGUGGGCACCAAGACUGACCUUGUGACAGCCAACCCAAGCAUUAUGCUGAAGGAGUAUGGAGGUCUAAUGGGACCACGCCGUCCAUUUGUGGAGAGUCUACAUAGCUACGGCAAAUCCAUGAUGGUUCUUUCCCCCUUCUCCUAUGCACACACCACUCCGGUGUGCCUGAGGGCAGUAUACAGCAUUAGGGACUUUGAAAGUCCCAUUCAGCCCAUGUUCUUCAACCCUGAUUACUUCCAGAGUCUGGCCCUCUUCUGGCGCUCCAGAGGCCUACACAGAGGCCUACUCAGCACCGGCUUAGUGAUGGUUAACAUAGCGCUGGAACAAUGUGCCAACGUGCAUCUGUACGGUUUCUGGCCCUUCAGUAAUCACCCAUUUGAACUCAAUGCGGUGAAUAACCACUACUACGAUGAUCUAAAAGCUGCAUGGACUGUCCACUUCAUGCCUGCUGAGUUUGACCUCUUGUUGCGGCUGCACAGUCAAGGUGUGCUGAGGCUUCACCUGGGAAACUGUCGACCGGGUAAAAAUGAGUUCCCAGGUCCAGAGAUAGAUAGAUAUCAAUAAAGUCCAAUUUGUCCCAUAAAAGGUACGUGCCACUUUCUAGCACAUUAUGAUAUGAGUUCAUGAUGAUGAUAUGAACUCAUGGGCAUCUGAAGAAUCGGGACAUUUCCUGGUGGACUGAGGGUUAAUCUCAGAAUUUGUCUCUAAACUAUGCCUUUUCAAUCCAAUCCACUCACUCUCCCCCCAUAUCAGUUCCUAGACCAUCUGAGCAGAGGGCUAAACCAGAAGGUGCAAUAGAAUAUAUUGUCACUCACACCAAUUAUUACAUUUGAUAAAUAAUUAGGAUCUCAACUUUGAUAAAAAAUCAUUAGUAUUGUCAUUUUGGCCAUAAUAGUCAUCAUCUUUUACUUUUUCCAGCAAAAUUGCAAGGAAAUGGUUAUUCAAAAUAUAACUUUCAGUCAUGGAAAGGUUUCGCUAUUUGAAAAGAUGUGUGUUUAUUGACACAUUGUGAGAUGUAAAGGAAUUCCAGUUAGAU